CGCCCAAGUUCCCCUGUCGCUGACGGCGUUGGCGAGCGGAUUGGCCGUGUUGUAACGUGUGCCGUGGGAACUGCCCCAAACUUCCAAUGCAACUCGGCCGAUGAACCUACACUAAACCACACGACAACCAAGAGCACACAACAACAGCAUACCUUGAUACCUCCGUGCAGUCGCCAACACGCGCGGCUGCCUCAAUCCUAGGCGCCGUCGCCAUGUCUUCUGCAGAAACACCAGCAGCGCCUCCUGACAAUGGGGCCGCAACGCAGCCGGCGGCCACAGCGCCGAGCCACGAGACCAAGGCGCAGGUGCAAGACGUCCUGACAUCAGAGAUCGGAAUCUCGGUCAUGCUCAACCGGCUAAAGCAGAGCAUCGCCUCGGCAAAGGAGUUCUCCCUGUUCCUCAAGAAGCGUGCCGCGCUCGAAGACGAACAUGCGAACUCGCUGAAGAAGCUGUGCCGGGCGUCGCAGGACGCUAUGCAGCGCGGAGAGCAUCGCGGCGGCACCUUUGGCCGGGCCUACGACGACAUGAUGGCCGUCCACGAGCGCAUGGCCGACAACGGGAUCCAAUUCGCCGCAUCGCUGCAGCAGAUGUCCGAAGACCUGACCGAGCUGGCCCUCAUGGCCGACAAGUCGAGGAAGGGGUGGAAGCAGAGCGGCCUGGCCGCCGAGCAGCGCGUCGCCGAGCUCGAGGCCGCCAUGCGCAAGUCCAAGGCCAAGUACGACGCCCUGGCCGAGGAGUACGACCGCGCCCGCACCGGCGACUCCGCCGGCCGCCAGUCCGGCAAGAUGUUCGGCUUCAAGGGCCACAAGUCCGGCGCCCAGCACGAGGAGGACCUGCUGCGGAAGGCCCAGGCCGCCGACCAGGAUUAUCAGGCCAAGGUCCAGGUUGCUGCUGCGGAGCGGAGCGAGCUGGAAACGAAGACCCGGCCAGAGACGGUGCAGGCGCUGCAGGACAUCGUGAGAGAGUGCGACUCGGGAUUGGCGCUGCAGAUGCAGAAGUUUGCGUCGCUCAACGAGAAGCUGGUGCUCAGCAACGGCCUCUGCAUCAGCCCCCUCAAGCCUGGAUCCGAGGCGCGGAGCUUGCGUGACACUGUCCUCGCCAUUGACAAUGACAAGGAUCUGAACGACUACCUGAGCAGCCAGCACCCUAAGCUAUCGCCAAGGACGGGGUUGCCCAAGUACGAACGCAAUCCGCUCCUCGAGGCGUCACACCGAGCACCCGCCGUCACUCACAACGCCCAUCAGCAACAGCAACAGCAACCAGCGCAAAGCGCCAUUCAAAGCCAGCCACCGCCCUCGGGCAUCUUCCAGAACGCCAGAUCAAGCACCUUUUCUGACCCUGCCGCCCCCCCACCAAGCCAGGGGUCCUUGGGCCACAGCUACGGCCAAAGCAGUGGCUCAAUCCCAUUGUUCGGCGGUCCCCCGCGGCCCUCCUCUCAGUCGCAACACGAGAGAAGCUUCAGCCAGGGGAACGCCGUGAGCCAGGCCAGCAGCGGCCUGAAUCAACAGUAUCGUGGGCCGGGCACGCAGCCACAACAACAGGGCCCGGGCCCGAAUAGCAGGUUUAAUGGGCCAUACAGCUCUGCCGCUUCCCAGGGACCGCCGCAGCUGGGCGCUCUGCCUUUCCAGAGCGCACAGUCCCAGCAGCCCCAGCAGCCGCCGUACGGACAACUUCCCUCGCAGCAGGGCAGUUCAGGGCCGAACGCGGGCCCACCGUCUCCCGCUAUGGGUCCCCCCCAGGCGCUCAGGCAAUCGCCGCCGGUGGCACCCCAAAUUGCGCCGCCGCGGCCCGUGUUCGGUGUCUCGCUGUCCAAGCUCUACGAGAGGGAUGGGCUGGCUGUACCUAUGGUGGUAUAUCAGUGCAUUCAGGCCGUGGACUUGUAUGGCCUGAACGUCGAAGGCAUCUACCGGCUGUCGGGCUCUGUGCCCCACGUCAACAAGCUCAAGAACCUCUUCGACACGGACUCCGGCUCCAGCAACCUCGACUUCCGCAACCCCGAGAACUUCUUCCACGACGUGAACAGCGUCGCCGGCUUGCUCAAGCAGUUCUUCCGAGACCUGCCGGACCCUCUGCUGACGAGGGAGAACUACUCGGCCUUCAUCGAGGCAGCCAAACACGACGACGACAUCGUCCGGCGCGACUCGCUGCACGCCAUCAUCAACAGCCUGCCGGACCCCAACUACGCCACCGUGCGCGCCCUGACCCUGCACCUGCACCGCGUGAUGGAGAACUCGGCGACGAACCGGAUGAGCUCGCAGAACCUGGCCAUCGUGUUCGGCCCCACCCUGAUGGGCACCGCCCCGGGCUCCAACAUCGCCGACGCCGGCUGGCAGGUCCGGGUAAUCGACACCGUCCUGCAGAACACGUACCAGAUCUUUGACGAUGACGAUUGAGGCAGGUCCGGGUAAUCGACACCGUCCUGCAGAACACGUACCAGAUCUUUGACGAUGACGAUUGAGCCCGGCUCUUGUCUGUCUGUCUGUCUGCUCUGUCUGCGGGCUUUUGAUCUUGGGAGAGAGGACGGGAAUGGAUGCAAUGGGAGGGAGCUGGAAA